GCAGGAAAUGCUUGUUGUUCGUACCCCUGUGAGAAUAAUGGAAUCUGUACAACACAAGGUUUUGAUAAAUUUACAUGUGAUUGUACUGGAUUAGAUUAUUAUGGAGAUCGGUGCCAACAUCGUAAGUCAACAACAUGGAAGAAGUUUGUAUUAUUAUUUAAACCCUCCUCAGAUACAAUUCAUAACCUUCUAGUUGAUAAUAAAUGGUUAUGGAAUAUUGUUAAUAAUAUUUCAUUUUUAAAAAAUGCUGCUAUGAAAAGAAUCUAUCUUAUAAGGUCCUUUAUGGUCAAUAGUCCUGCUGUAUAUGAAUCUGAACAUGAAUAUCCAACAUUUCAAGCUGCUGUAAACUAUACUUAUUUUGCUAGAACAUUACCUCCAGUUCCUCUAAAUUGUCCUACUCCUAUGGGAGUAAAAGGGAAGAAGGAACUGCCUGAUGUUGAUUUAGUUGUUGAUAAAUUUUUUAAAAGAACAACAUUUUUACCUGAACCAAUAGGCAGUAAUGUUUUAUUUACGUUCUUCGCCCAACAUUUUACACAUCAAUUUUUUAAAACUGAUAUUAAGGCCGGUGCUGCUUAUCAAUGGGGAGGACAUGGGGUUGAUGUAUCACAUAUUUAUGGAAAAAAUAAACAAGUUGAACUAGCUUUAAGAUCUAUGAAAGAUGGUAAAAUGAAGAUGCAGGUUAUUAACGGUGAAGAAUAUCCACCAUAUUUAAAAGAUGUAGAUGUUCCCAUGACCUAUCCACCAGGGAUACCAGAUACCAUGAAAUUUGCUUUAGGACAACAGGUAUUUGGUUUAUUACCAGGAUUAUUUCUCUAUGCUACUAUUUGGUUACGUGAACACAAUAGAGUUUGUGAUAUAUUAAAACAAGAACAUCCAGAAUGGGAUGAUGAACAACUCUUUCAAACAACUAAAUUAAUUAUUGUUGGUGAAACAAUUAAAAUAGUGAUAGAGGAUUAUGUUCAACAUCUGAGUAACUAUCAUUAUAAACUUUCAUUUAAUCCUGAAUUAUUACAUGGAGAAUCCUUUCAAUAUCAAAAUCGUAUCACAGUAGAAUUCAACCACCUUUAUCACUGGCAUCCAUUAAUGCCUGAUGACUUUAACAUCAGUGGUACAGUUUAUCCUAUUAAAGACUUUGUAUUCCAUUCUGAAUUAGUUAUUAAACAUGGUGUGAAGAAUUUCGUCCAAUCUUUUGUCAAACAAAGAGCUGGUUUGAUGGGUCAUCAUAAUCAUUGUUAUAUGACAUUAAGUGUUGUUCGAGACACCUUAAAACAUGGGAGAGAACUCCGAUUACAACCCCUAAAUAGAUAUAGGCAAAGAUUUGGUUUACCUGCUUUCAAAUCUUUUCAAGAAUUAACCGGUGAAACUAAACUAGCAGAUGAAUUAGAAAAAUUAUACGGUGAUAUUGAUGCAGUAGAAUUUUAUGUAGGAUUAAUGUUAGAAAAAAGACGCUAUAAAGCCAUGUUUGGUUCUAGUAUAGUGGAAAUAGGUGGACCUUUUUCUGUGAAGGGCUUAAUGUCUAAUCCUAUUUGUAGUCCAAAACAUUGGAAACCUUCAACAUUUGGUGGUGAAGUAGGAUUUAAUAUAAUAAAAACCGCCUCAUUAGAAAAACUAUUUUGUUUAAAUAUGGAGGGCGAGUGUCCUCGUAUAUCGUUCAGAGUGCCAGAUUAUGUUGAAGGUGAUGUAGAUGAUUUAAUAGCAAAAGUUCGUGAUGAAUUAUAG